AACAAACCAUUGGCAGAAGCCAUUGCACACACGUCGCGAUCGCCGCUCACUAAUUCAUCUCGCUUCGUAUCAAACCCCACCCAAAAAUCUUGUCGUAGUUCGUUGAGAGAAAAUCCGAAGAGCAAUCGAAUCGGAUCUUCAUCGGAGCUGGCUCCGGCACCGUUCAGAGUCUCUGAUUGUGGCCAAUCGAAGCGGCAAAGCAGACCCACUCGGAGAAAAUCAGCGCCUGCGUUCGCCUCCUCCUCCGCCUCGAAAUCGGGGCCUACGCGAAUAGUUUAUAGGGAGUCCGUUAACCCGUCUUCAGGUUCGGAUCCGAACUUUCCCAUUUUGGCAGAGGACUCGGUUCAUAGUGGUGGUGCAAGUUAUGGCGCUCUCGUUUUUUGCCCUCGCGAUGGUUAUGUGGCUGGCUCUCGGCUCCGACUAUGGUUCCACGCCUGUUUCCGCAGCUUCUGGAGGCGUUCAGAUUACAUAUGGUUCUGUCAUUAAGCUGAUGCACGAGAGGACAAAAUUCCGGCUGCACUCACAUGAUGUGCCCUAUGGCUCUGGCAGCGGGCAGCAGUCUGUAACUGGUUUCCCUGAUGUUGAUGAUUCCAACAGCUACUGGAUUGUGAGGCCUACACUAGAUUCAUCUGCAAAACAACGAGAUACAAUUAAGAGUGGAACUCUUAUUAGGUUGCAACAUAUGAUAACUAGGAAAUGGCUGCAUAGCCACUUGCAUGCAUCCCCUAUAUCUGGCAAUUUGGAGGUGAGUUGCUUUGGCCACGAUGGUGAAUCUGACACUGGGGAUUACUGGAGGCUUGAAAUUGAGGGAAGUGGAAAGACUUGGAGGCAAGAUCAAAGAGUCAGGCUUCGCCAUGUCGACACUGGUGGAUACCUUCACAGUCAUGACAAGAAAUACACCCGCAUAGCAGGGGGACAGCAAGAGGUUUGUGGAGUUGGGGAAAAGCGCCCUGACAAUGUGUGGUUGGCAGCUGAGGGUGUGUAUCUUCCAGUUGCUGAAAGCAAAUGAAUUUGGCCUAAAAUAUACUAUGGUGAUCAUAAUUAAUCAUAGGAUAGUGCCUUUUGUUUAUUGUUUUCAUGAUUCCCCCUCCUCUGAUUUCUUCUAAUUGCCAUUUAGGAAUGUGGUAGAGUCUCAGCAUUCGGCUCUUCUAUAAAGAUCGAAGGAUUAAAACAAUUUUGAAACAAUUGCGUAAUUUUUAUAAGAAAUUAAAUAUUGGUACCCCAAUAGAGGAUCUUUAA